AUGAGGACUGGAGAUGUGGCCAGAGGAAUACAAGGAGACAGGAAGGAUGUGAAGAAAUCUUGGAGGUCCCUCACCAAACAGGAGUUGGAGAAGAUCUUGUCCGACACUCCACCAGUGUGGAAAGGAACAUCCAAGCUGUUCCGGAACCUUCGGGAACAAGGCAUCAUCGCUUACACUGAGUAUCUCUUUCGGCUCUGCAUUCUGACAAAGCCUCAUGCAGGCUUUAAGAUUGCCUUUAACAUGUUUGAUGCUGACGGUAACCAGAUGGUGGAUAUGGGGAAUUUCUUGUGUCCCAGUUCUACCAAAAUAAAAGAGAGUCAGGAGUUAGUGCCCAGGAGCUUCUGGGACAUGCUGAGACGUGGUGCGAGCCAAGCCCUGUUUUCUGACCUGGCAGAGGGCAUCACCUUUGAUGAGUUCAGGUCUUUCUUCCAGUUCCUCAAUAACCUUGAAGACUUUGCCAUUGCCAUACAGAUGUUCAGCUUUGCCUGUCGUUCCAUUGGACAAGAUGAGUUUGCUCGUGCGGUAUAUGUCGCAACAGGCCUCAAGCUGACCCGUCACCUGGUUAACACCAUCUUCAAGAUAUUUGUUGUGGAUCAUGAUGAUCAGCUCAGUUACAAAGAGUUCACUGGUAUCAUGAAGGACCGGCUGCACCGUGGAGGCAAGGGAAGAAAGAGGUGUAGGGGAAGAGCGGGUUAUAAGGCUGUAGAGCGUUUUACUUCAUUUAAACCAUGUCUGAAGAGGGAACUGGCAGGCAGAUCUACGUUUUUCCAAAAAAGUAUCUCAUGACUGUAUUUGAUCAAAAAAUUGUAAAUCUGUAAUAUUGUAAAAUAUUUUUACAUUUUAAUAUAUUUUUCUUUUGAUUCUUGAAUUUACUGCAAUCUUCAGUGUCACAAGAUCCUUCAGAAAUCAUUCAUGCUGAUUUGCUGCUAAAUAAACAUUUCUUAUUAUCAAUGUUGAAAACCCAUUAUGCUGCUUAAUAUUAUUAAAGAAC